AACACACAAUACAAUGCAAGCUUGAAGCAGUGUAUGGUUGAGCAGCUUUACUACCAAUACACUAUAAUGAAGCUUGCAUGGUGUAUAGUCGUGGGACUGUUUCAAUAGAAGAGCAUUGACUAACAAAAGUUAGCAAAAGAAAAGAAUAAAGAGUACAACAUUCGUUCAGCAAAUAUUAUGUUGUUGGGAAAUAUUCUCAGCUGGUUGGUGCUGCUCCUGUCCCUAGCUACUGUUACCAGGAGUGAGCACUAUCACAUUGUGCCAGUGGAUUCAACUGAUUUGUGUCAUGACUAUCAAAAUGGAACUUGCUUUAUUCUCGAGCAGCUUAUUCAAACAGACCUGUUAUCUGGUGGAGACAAUCUCACCUUGAGCUUUCUACCUGGAGAUCAUGUGUUAACUGAGCAGCUAUUGAUUCGUAAAUUCUCACAUGUGCAUAUGACCGGCCAGAACACAAGUACAGCUGUAGUCAGAUUUCACAGCAAUGGUGAGAUACGUUUUGUUAGUACUACUGAAUUAAAUAUUGAACACUUGGGUUUUGUUGGAGCGAAUGUCAGACCACAAAACUUGCAUCGAGGAUUAAUCAUUGAUGGUGUGCACGAUGUCUAUAUCAAUGACUGCUAUUUCAUGGAUUUUGAACUACUCAAUCCGGCGGAAACCAGCAUAGUUAAGAUUGUUAAUACUCAAAGUGCAACAAUUGAGAGCACUCUCUUUAUGAACAACACUGGUCAGGCACUGCACGUUGAGGCUGAUGAUGUGUACAUAACAAAUAGCAACUUCACAAAAAAUGAUGGAGGUGCAGUUGACAUUGAAUCAAACAACUCUCUGAUCAACAACACAGAGUUCAACUACAACAGUGCUGAGUAUGGAGGAGCAGUAGAAGUGGUAUCUGGUACUGUAGUGAUCACUUGGUGUACCUUCACAAAUAACAAGGCUUCUCAGGUUGGUGGAGCGAUUAGUGUUGUCUCCACCAGUGUGUUCAUAUCCAACUGUGAGCUGACAAAGAACAGUGCUGAAGAGGGUGGAGCAAUUGGUGUUUCCUCAGGCAAUGUGUCCAUCUCCAACAGCACACUGAAAAAUAACAGUGCUAACUCUGGUGGAGCAAUUAUUGUUUCCUCAGGCAAUGUGUCCAUCUCCAACAGCACACUGAAAAAUAACAGUGCUAACUCUGGUGGAGCAAUUAUUGUUUACUCAGGUAGUGUGUCCAUCUCCGAUAGCACACAUACAAACAACAGAGCUGCCCUUGGUGGAGCAAUUGGUAUUCUCUCAGGUAAUGUGAUCAUCUUCGACAACACACUGAUAAACAACAGUGCUAAUUCUGGUGGUGGUGGAGCAAUUUAUGUUUAUUACUCAGGCAAUGUGUCCAUCUCCAACAGCACACUGGCAAACAACAGAGCUGACUCUGGUGAUGGUGGAGCAAUUGUUGUUUUAUCAGGUAGUAAUACGUCCAUCUCCGACAGCACACUGGCAAACAACAGUGCUGACUCUGGUGGAGCAAUUAUUGUUUCCUCAGGCAGUGUGUCCAUCUCCAACAGCACACUGACAAACAACAGUGCUAAAUAUGGUGGUGGAGCAAUUGCUUUUUUCUCAGGUAUUGUGUCCAUCUCCAACACUAACAUUACUAAUAACAAUGCUGUGUACAGUUUAAUCAUUCGGCAGUCUAAUGUGAAAUUCACUGGAUGGAAUAUUAUCAGCAAUAACAAUGGCCCUGUCUAUGCUUUCAAUAGUCGAGUUGAGUUUAAUGGACCUACAACACUUAGUAACAAUCAUGGUGUGUUUGGUGGAGCUCUCAGCAUUAUCCAGAGUCAAAUGUACAUUAACACAGAAGGAGUGAUCAUCACCAACAACACAGCUACCUCUGGAGGAGGGAUAUUUCUGAGAGAGAGUACACUCCUUGUAAAUGAGCCACUAAUAAUCUAUCAAAACACAGCACAUCAAUAUGGUGGAGGAAUUUAUGCAUAUUCAAGUAGAGUUGAAUUCCACUCCGUAUUGAUGCUGAGUGGUAGACCAAUUCCUCCAAAUACACCGAGUGAGAUUGCUCAAAACAUUGCUACGAAUGGUGGAGGUAUUUAUGCAAUUGCUACAACCAUUAAACUAACUCUAUCAUACGUCACCAUUGACUCAAACACCGCAACUGCUAAAGGAGGUGGAGUGUAUCUAGAACAAAAUUCGAAACUCUACAUAUUGAAAGAUGACCUUGAAGAGCUGGAUCAAUUAUAUUACGUCAAGUUAAUGAUUAACAACAACUCGGCUCAGUAUGGAGGGGGGAUAUUCGUGGCAGAUGAUACAGACAGUAGUACUUGUAGAGGAGAGGCCAACAAAACUAAGACCAUUAUUACUGACUGCUUCAUUCAAACAAUUCAACUGUAUGAGGGAAACAGCAAAGGUCUAAACUAUUUCAACACAUUCAUGACUAACAACACAGCUACCCAGUCAGGAGCAGAUAUCUACGGAGGUCUGUUAGAUAGGUGUACAGUAAGUCAAAAUGCUGAAUAUUACGAUUCUGCAAAUGCAUUGGACUACAUAAAUAAAACCAUAAAGUCCUCCACCGAAUUAUCAAUCUCCUCUAAGCCUGUUCAAGUAAUUGUUUGUAGUGAUAACUAUAAUAUUUCUACAAAAAAGGGACACACGUUUAAAAUCAGUCUUAUGGCUGUUGAUCAAGUUGGAAAUGCAAUGAAUGCCGCAAUUCACAGUUCUGUUGUCAGUAAGAGUGGAAUUAAUCGUCUCAAAGAAGGACAGGCAGAACAGGAAGUUGGCAAUCAGUGCACAGAAUUAAAGUACAAUGUAUUCUCACAAGACAGUUUCGCUCAGGUGGAAGUCUAUGCUGAGGGUCCAUGUAACAAUUUGGGAAUUUCAAAACAACUGAUCAAUAUUUAUUUUCUAAACUGCACAUGCCCUAGUGGACUCAAACCAGUUCAGUCCAAUAUUGAGUGCAGGUGUGACUGUGAUCCAGACUUGCAACUAAGAUAUCAGAUAACAAAUUGUUUUGAGGAAAAUGGAGUCAUAACGGUGGAAAGAAAUAACAACACAUGGAUAGAAGUCAUAAAUACUACUAAUGAAACAGGGUAUGCUGUUAGCAACUGUGUAUUUGACUAUUGUGUAGAAAGGCCCAUCAACAUCAGUCUAAGCAACCGUGACAAACAGUGUGCCUACAAUCGAAGUGGUGUCUUAUGUGGAGAAUGUGAACCAGGACUCAGUCUUGUGUUGGCUACAUCAAGAUGUGCACAAUGCUCUGAUCUUUACCUUCUUCUACUAAUACCAUUUGCGCUGGCUGGCAUAUUGCUAGUUGCUUUAAUUCUUGUGCUCAACAUCACUAUAGCAACUGGAAAGAUUCAUGGCCUCAUUUUCUAUGCCAACAUACUAGCAGCUAAUAGAUCAAUUUUCUUACCUAAUUUAAGCAACUUUUUAACAAUUUUCGUAUCAUGGGUGAAUCUUGACUUGGGUAUUGAGACAUGCUUUUAUGGUGGAAUGAACUCUCAAGCGAAAGUGCUUCUUCAACUUGUCUUUCCAGCAUACCUAUUUCUUUUGAUGUUCUUAAUAAUCAUUUUGAGCAAGUACUUUGACUCAUUUGCAAAGCUCCUCUCCAACAGGAACCCAGUUGCUGCCCUAGGCACACUCGUCCUACUCUCUUAUUCCAAACUCCUACAGUUUAUCAUUGCUGCACUGCAAUAUGUAGUCUUGGAUUAUCCUGAUGGUUCAACCAAUACUGUUUGGUUGUACGACAGCAAUGUGCAAUACUUCGCUACCAAACACAUCCCUCGGUUUGUUGCUGCUGCCAUAAUCCUCAUUGCGGGUGGUUUUUUCACUCUACUGCUCUUUUUAGGACAAUGGCUUCCAUAUUGUUCAAAGGUUAUGAAAUGGACCAAGAACACAAAGUACAUUGGCUUCAUGGAUACAUACCAUGCUCCAUUCACUCCCAAGCAUCGCUACUGGUUGGGACUGCUCCUCUUCGCUUUAAUUGUCCACAAUCUAGUAGUUGCCAUGGCUCCAGACACUUUUCUCCCUAUUUUAUCAUCUGGGGUUUUAUCAGUUGGACUGAUUGUCUGGAAACCACUGAAUAAUCGUUUGUAUAAAAGUAAGUUCUGUGAUUCCCUCGAAAGUGUCUAUCUACUCAACAUUGCUAUUCUUACAUUUGGAACCUCUUAUGUCAAAGAUACAAAUAAAGAUCAGUCAGCACUAGCCAAUACGUCGAUGGCCAUAUCAUUCACUCUAUUUGUGAUAACACUCUGCUACCAUUUUUACAAAUUCAUACUCAAGAAAAGUAACACAUGGCUGAAGAUAGAAGACAUCCUAAGGAACUUAAGAGCUGGAGUUGCAGACAGACGAGCCAACAAAGAUCGAGAAUUAUAUCAUCCGGUAGUGAAUGAAAACGAUGACGAAGAUGAUUACGAUCAAAGAGACCCACCUCACACUGAUGGAGCCAUGGAUGAAGCUGACCCUGAUCGUUACAUCACUCCUCACAUUAUCAGACCAGCCACGAGGCCGGACCAGCUGAGACUAUCCUACAUGGAUGAACUAGCCCCCCUCACCACAGAGGACUACAGAAUACCAGCCCCUCCCCCUCCAAGAGUCAACCAUCGUCGUCCUGUUGUUACACACACAGAAAUCAACCCCAUACACAAUGAAGUGUGAAUUGUAUUAUUAGCUUAUACAUCGUAGUAUGACGUAGAUAGUAUACUCUUGGAUGUGUUUGCAUAUUAAUAAUUAUAGGCAAGGAAUUUAUUUUGAUUGCUUUGUGUUAGUUUUAGAGAGAAGCUAUAGACUUGAAUGGUUUAUACAAAUUGUGUUUAUUG